GAUGACGAUUGGUGAAUACUGACGGUGGCUUUACUGUCUGUCAUAUUAAUUGAACUGUGGUGUUUAGGUUAGGAUUUGUUUUUAAUAUUACUUUAAGGAUUUCUUGUUGACCAUGUCAGUACAAGAGCUACUAGAAAAAAUUAAAGAUUUAGAAAACCAACUAGAAAAAGAAAAAUUAAAACAUGAACAGCCUAGAAGAGCGAAAAUUAGUGAAAUGUCAUCAGAAGUCGUUGAUUCUAACCCCUACAGUCGGUUGAUGGCUCUGAAACGCAUGGGAAUUGUGGAUAACUACGAGAGAAUCCGGGAGUUUACAGUGGCAGUGGUUGGAGUUGGCGGAGUCGGCAGUGUUACUGCAGAGAUGCUCACUCGUUGUGGGAUUGGCAAGCUGCUGUUGUUUGACUAUGACAAGGUAGAGUUGGCCAAUAUGAACAGGUUGUUCUUCCAACCGCACCAGUCAGGACUGUCUAAGGUGGAGGCUGCGGCAAACACUCUGACCUUUAUCAACCCUGACGUUACCAUUGAGACGCACAACUACAAUAUCACCACAGUCGACAACUUCACUCACUUCAUGGAGAGGAUCAGCCAUGGCAGUCUGACAGGCGGUCCCGUGGAUCUAGUGCUCAGUUGUGUGGACAACUUUGAGGCACGCAUGGCCAUCAACACGGCAUGUAACGAGCUUGGCCAGACAUGGUUUGAGUCCGGAGUUUCAGAGAAUGCUGUAUCUGGCCAUAUUCAGCUCAUCGUGCCAGGCGAGUCUGCCUGUUUUGCUUGUGCACCUCCUCUCAUUGUCGCCUCCAAUAUCGAUGAGAGGACGUUGAAGAAGGAUGGUGUGUGCGCUGCCAGUCUACCAACUACUAUGGGCGUAGUAGCAGGGUUUCUAGUACAGAAUACCCUCAAAAAACUUCUGAAUUUUGGCGAGGUCUCUUGGUACCUAGGAUACAACGCACUUAAUGAUUUCUUCCCCCAAAUGAAACUCAAGCCAAACUCAUCAUGUGAUGACAGGUUCUGUCGCUCUCAGCAGGCCGCACGCCCUCCCCCCUCCGUCCAACCUUCACCCUCCAAGGCUAGUGGAGAUGUGGAAACAGCUGUUGUACAUGAGGACAAUGAAUGGGGUAUUAGCCUAGUGGACGAGACACCUGCAGAGCAACUACAGGAAGACACAGCUGCAGGUAUAGAACUGGUGGCGGGAGUAAGAGCAGCGUACGUUGUGCCGCAGAGCUCUACAGCUGAUCCUCUCAAUACUGUAGAAGACACGCAGGCUAGUCUGGACGAGCUUAUGGCACAGAUGAAGAACAUUUAGUGAGAAAACUGGGACCGAGGGCCACCACUGCAAUUGUUGCCAACUGUAGCAGUGUUGUGAAGCUAAACACGUCUUCCAGUGUCCGCAGGGAUGCCAACAUGCCCCCUGCCUGCACACACAGGAAGUUGUACGGCAUCAGACCUGCAACAUUUUAAAAUUUAUGACACUAAUUUAUAAACUAAAUUCUACACAUAUACUUUCAAUUUUACAGGCCUUCAUAAAUAACAAAUUUUACUAUUGGACAAAGAAUGUUCAAAGAUACCAUAAAUGAUGUGUAUAUUAUGUCAUAAGUUAUACAGUUUGGCUUACAGUUCAAAUUUAAAACACCACAUAAUUAUGAACUAAAAACACAAUUGCAUCAAAAAUUAUCUCAAAGCCAAGCUUUUGCUUAUUGUAAUGUCUUUGUACUUUUGGUUUUCACAACAAAUUAUUUAACAAAUGUACAAAAAUCAUUGUUAAAAAAUCCAAAUUAGUUUUAUGCUUAGAGUAUUAUUUUGGUUGUUUUCUAAUCAAUUUGUUUUUAUAUUCAUUAUUAUCAAUGUUAAUUUUUUUACUUGACUUGUAUUUUAUCUAAAUAAAAUAUAUGAUUAUGAAAUCUGUAUUAUUGAAACCAAUGUGUCAAAGGUACAACAAACUUUGGAGUUGGAUAUCUUUUUUCUUUUAUUGAAGCUACUCUAUUCUGUAGUUAUAAGCCCUCAAUAAUCCGGCACUCCAACAAUCUAAAAUAUUUUACUGGUUAUGGAGGAGGAUGUAAGUUCAGACUCCUUAUGGAGAGCUUCUUAAACAAACAUCACCAGGGUGUCUACUCAUCGCUGGGAAAAUCUGGGCUAGAAUAGAAUAGAAUAGAAUAUAUCUUUAUUGAAUAGAAUAGAAUAUAUCUUUAUUGAACAUAUUCUUAGAGAAUAGAACAAAGGUCAGUGUUUAUGUCACAAUCAGUGCAUGAGUCAGUGUAUGUAAAUUACAAAGCGCUUGUCCUCCACUGAAGGUACUCCUGGACACUGUAGUAUGGAUGCUCCAGCAGCCAGCUUCUUAAGGAGGCCUUGAAGUUCUUCUCUGGAAGCUUUCUUAGGUAGUCAGGUAGAUUGUUAAAGAACAUGGCUCCUUUAUACGAUGGUUUUUUCUCGAACAGAGUCAGAUGAUGAGGGUCAAGGAGGAAGUUGUUUCUAUGUCUGGUGUUGUAGGGGUGGAUGUCGCCAGUUCUUGCGUGCCCUGUUUUUGUGGCAAAUAAGAUCGUCUCUAGGAUAUAGAGUCCUAUGAUCGUCAGUAUUCCUAGAUGUCUGAAAGCUGCUCGGCAUGAGUCCAUUGGUCCUAAUCCACUUAGAGUCCUGACAGCCCUUUUUUGUAUAACGAGCACCCUUUUAAGAUUUCCAAUUGUCGUACCUCCCCAGGCUAUCAGUCCAUAUCUGAGAUGACAUUCAAAUAGGGAAAGGUAUGCUGUCAAAGCUACUUGAGGGCUACUGAUUUGUUUUAUUCUUCUCACUGCAUACAGGCUACUAUUAAGUUUGUGGCAGAGUUGAUUGAUGUGAGGUUCCCAUGAGAGGUUUUGAUCAACAGUUAGACCAAGGUACUUUCCUGAUUUAAUUGUAGUUAUUUCUGGGAGCCCGUCAUAUUGGUUUGGGUUAGGUGUAAAGACUAGCUGUUGGGUCUUUGAGUCAUUUAAGACUAAAUCAUUGAGGUGGCAGUAUUGCUUAGCCACAUUGUAUGCAACAAAAGAGUCUAUAUCUAGCUGAGAUUUGUUCUUAUUUGCUAAAAUCAAAGCUGUGUCGUCAGCAUACAUUACAAUUUCACAGUGGUUUUGGAGAUAAUUUGGGAAGUCAUUUGUUAGGAGAAUGUACAAGACGGGUCCAAGCACGGAGCCUUGAGGUACUCCUCUGCUUACUGGUAUUGGCUUGGAUUUUACUUUCGUCACAGUGUUUUUCUCCAAGUAAGUAAGUUCUACUACUUGUUCCCUGUUGCUCAAGUAGCUCUUAAACCAGUCAAGUUCCUUGUCAAUGACUCCAAGAGAGUGUAACUUUUUCAGUAUGAGUUCAUGGUCAAGGCAGUCAAACGCUUUGCUAAAAUCCAAAAAUAUGCUUGUUGCAAUUUUUCCUUUUUCCAGAUUGUCGAUGAUUUCUUCAAUUAGUUGAGCUAUUGCUGUUGAAGUUGAUCUGUCUUUUAUAAAACCGUGUUGUCUAGGGGUGAGAAGAUCGUGCUGCUUGAGGUGGCUCAGUAGUCUAUUUAGUAUUACUCGCUCCAGUAUUUUAGAAAAAGUAGAGAUUAGGGAAAUUGGCCUGUAGCUGGUGGCUUCAUUUGUUGCUCCACAUUUGAAUUUCGGAUAGAUUUUUGCGAAUUUUAGUUCAUUUGGAAAUAUUCCUUGUGAAAGUGAUUUAUUAAUGAUGUGAGUCAGUGGGGUGAUUAUUUCGUGUUUGCACUGUUUGAUCAAUUUUGAUGAGAUCUCAUCCUCCCCUGCUGAUGUUUUUGCUUUUAAAGAGUCAAUGAUUUUUCCAAUUUCUUGUUUGUUGGUUUCAAAGAAGGCUAGGUUUGGUGUUUGAAGUGUUUGGUUGUUAUUGUUUGGUGCUAUUACAGGUGUCGAUGUUCCAUUUCUGAGGAGUGUUCGGUCAGCGACUGUAGCAAAGAAGUAAUUUAAAUGAUUGGCAAUAGUUAUUGGAGAGUCAACGAUUUCUUCCUCUAUUUUUAGGCAUUCUAGUGGAUUUUUUGAAGAUUUUUCUUUUCUUUCAUUAUUUAUUACAUUCCACACAGCUUUUGAUUUGUUGUCCGACUGUUCUAUGAAUGAAGAGUUGCACUGUUUACGAAGAGUUUUGAGUUUUAUAUCAUAACAUUUUUUCCUUCGAGCUGUUUCUUUUUUGUCAUCAGGGUGGCCAGUAAUGAUUUGUUUAUUCAGUGCUUCUAAGUAUGAUAAUUUUAGGGCCUGACUUUCAUUGUCCCAUAUAUUUUUGUAGGGGUUUCUUUUCUUCUUUACUAUCUUGAGUGGACAUGCUAUGUUCAAUGCAGUUUGAAAAAUUCCACUAAAUGCUUUAUAAGCAGUUUCCACAUUCUCGGUGAGAGUGACUUUAGUCCAGUCUUGGGAUUCCAGAUUGUGCUUCAAUUCUUGCACUGUUCUUGCAUUAAACUGUCUUCUUUUUGUUUGGGUCAGUGGCUGUUUCGUAGAAUCUGUGAGAAUCGUACAUAGUUGGGCCGUGUGGUCUGAGAGGCCUGUCUGUGUUAUUUUGGUAGCUAUUUCCGUUUCUUUUAUGUUCGUGCAUAUAAAAUCUAUAGAGGUCUGGCUAUGAUUUGUUAUUCUGGUUGCGGGUAGAUGAAGUCUGCUCAAGCCAUGGCUAAGGAGCAUUUCAUCCUCCUAAAUGUUUUGUGGCACUAAAAAACCAGAAAUUAUGCUUUAACUUUACAAAAUAUUGGAAAGGUGCAUGAAUAAUUUUGUAUUUAUUGCGAAUAUUUCUUGUAUUGCAAUUAUGGUUAGGAAACUUCAUAACUAACCAAAGUGAUGUGUCAUUUUGUGAUGUGUCUGAUGAAGAUAGCUAGAUUGGUAUUGAAAAGCCUUACAAAAAUAAAAAGUUAUUAGUAUUGGUUAGUGUGUUAACAACGUAGUGAAUAAAUGUUAUGAGUAAACUCA